UACACUGAUAACCCUUCUAUAUAUUUUUUUCCUUAGACGAACCUGUGCGUGCCAAGGUCUAGAUCCUGAAUCUUGUGGUGCUUCUUUUUCUUUUGGUUGUUCAUGGAGUAUGUACUAUAAUGGUUGCAAAUUUGCCAGAAGCAAGAUCCCAAGAAAGUUUAAACUAUUAGGCGAUGAUCCAAAAGAGGAAGAAAAGCUAGAAUCCAAUCUGCAAACUUUGUCAACUUUGAUGGCACCCACUUACAAGAAACUAGCACCUGAUGCAUAUAGCAACCAGAUUGAAUAUGAACACAGAGCUCCUGAAUGUCGUCUGGGUUUAAAAGAAGGUCGUCCAUUCUCAGGGGUCACUGCCUGCCUGGAUUUUUGUGCUCAUUCUCAUAGAGACCUACACAAUAUGCAGAAUGGUAGUACAUUGGUCUGCACACUAACCAGAGAAGACAAUCGUGAAAUUGGCGAAACACCAGAAGAUGAACAAUUGCAUGUGCUACCCUUGUAUAAAAUAUCUAGUGUAGAUGAGUUUGGAAGCACAGAAGGUCAGGAAGAAAAAAAGCGAAAUGGUAGCAUCCAGGUUCUUAGUUCUUUUCGACGGAAAGUAAGGAUGCUGGCUGAACCUGUGAAAACCUGUCGGCAAAAAAAGUUGGAAGCCAAGAAAGCAGCAACAGAGAAGCUGGCCUCCAUGGAGAAUGGGCCUAACAAACACGAGAGAGAAAAAUCAGCCUCAGCACGUCAAAAGCAGUUCAAUGCAGAAGUGCCAACUCAUGGCAAGCAAUUAGCAGAUCUUUUGCAUCUUUCAGGACCAGCUGUGCCACAACAGCAACUUUACCAGCAUCCAUGCCAGGCUUUCCCUUCUAAACAUCAGUCAAACCAUGGCAAUUUAUACUCUGCUUCUGAUCCUACCAAUCUCUAUAUGAGUCUGUCUAAUCCAGCUAAUUCAUAUUCAAACUGUACACAUCCUUCCAAUCCUUAUGGAGGAUCCAAUCCAAUGAAUAUCUACCAGACUUCAUCACAACCUACAGGAACUUAUUUGAAUUCUUCCAGCCUCAUAAAUCCCUAUUCUAUUCAUUUAGGUCAAAAUAACCAGUAUCCUCAUUAUCCAUGCAAUGGAAGCUUAUCAAUAGACAAUUGUUCUUAUUACAAUUCCUAUUCUGCUCAGACUCAGCAUAUGGACUUGUUUAGGUAUCAGAGCCAAGAUUCUCUGUCUAAACUAAGUCUACCUCCAAUACAUACAUUGUAUCAGCAUAGGAUUGGAAAUAAUCAGAACUUUGGGCACAGGUACUUGAAUUAUGGAAACCAAAAUGUGCCAGUAGAUUUUAACAAAUGCGCCUUUAGACCAAAUGUUCAUCAUGCAGGUUCUUUCCCAUCUUACUCCCAGCAUGAGACUGAUAAUCCUUUUAUGGACAUCACCUCCAGGCUGAAACCUAAUCUAAAUCCAGGUGUGGAUUUUAUGAAUAAAAAUGGUGAUCAUCUGUAUCCCCCACCACACCUUACCCAUGACUAUCAUAGCAUGUUCAAUGGCUCUUCUCAUUCACUCCAUCUCCAGAAUAAGAAUAGUCAGGCAGCUAAUGGGUUGUCAAAUCUCUUUCCAGAUUUUAACCAUAACAGAACUGCUUCUGAAGUAGGUGCAAAUAAAACAGAGGUGCUCAAUGCAGAGGAUCCUGAUGAUGUCUGGUCAGACAAUGAGCAAAGUUUUCUGGAUCCAGAAAUAGGUGGUGUUGCAGUGGCCCCAUCCCAUGGAUCAAUCCUCAUAGAGUGUGCUAAACGUGAACUCCACGCUACAACCCCAUUGAAAAAUCCUAACAGGAAUCACCCUACAAGGAUAUCACUUGUCUUCUAUCAACACAAAAGUAUGAAUGAGCCAAAGCAUGGUCUGGCUUUGUGGGAGGCAAAAAUGGCUGAGAAGGCAAGAGAAAAAGAAGAAGACUGUGAAAAGUAUGGUCCAGAUUAUGUGCCUCAGAAAGUACAUGGCAAAAAAGUAAAACGGGAGCCUGCUGAAUUAAACGAGAACCUGGAACCAACCUAUUUUAGAUUUAUCAGGUCCCUUGCACAAAGGACGAUGUCUCUUACCACAAAUUCCACAGUAACCACAUCUCCAUAUGCCUUUACACGGGUUACAGGGCCUUAUAACAGAUAUAUAUAAAAGUCACAUCUUUGUUUAUUACCUCA